AUGGUUUCUCUGCUACAGGCCGUGCUCGUAUGCAGCGCGACGUGGGUUCUGUGGAAGCUUUUCCGUAGGCUUACGGUGAAGAGCGACCUUGACAACUUGCCUGGUCCGCCGUCGCCCUCUUUCCUCUAUGGAAACCUCAAGCAAUUGUAUAGCAGACAGAGCUUCAAGUUUCACCAGAGUCUGGGCGAGACGUAUGGCCCGGUCGUAGGGAUGCAUGGCAAGUUCGGUAGCAACGUACUGUACACCUUCGACCCCAAGGCGAUGCACCAUAUCGUCAUCAAGGACCAGGAUGUCUUCCAGGAGUCGACCUGGUUCACCAGAACGGUUUACCACUUGUUCGGUCUCGGUCUUCUCGCAACGCUUGGCGACCACCACCGCAAGCAGCGCAAGAUGCUCAACCCCGUCUUCUCGAUCAACCACAUGCGCCACAUGACACCGCUCUUCUACGACGUCUCGCACAAGCUCCGCACCGCGAUCGAGUCGCGCGUGAGCAAGGCUGGCGCAGGUGCGAACGAGGUCGACAUGGUCGGCUGGAUGGGCCGCACCGCGCUCGAGCUCAUGGGCCAGGCGGGGCUCGGGUACUCGUUCGACCCGCUCGUCGCGGACGCCGCGGAUGAGUACGGCGAGGCGAUCAAGAAGCUCAUCCCGACGCUGGCCCAGAUGCACGGAAUGCAGCAGUACCUGCCGCUCUUUGAGGCGAUUGUGCCCGCGGGCUGGCGGCGUGCCGUCGCGGAGCGCAUCCCUGUGCGCUCAUUGAGGAACAUGAUCCAGAUUGUGGACACGCUGCGCACACGUUCGUCGGCGAUCUUUGCGGAGAAGAAGCGUGCGUUGCUCGCGGGCGACGAGGCGCUGAAGCAGCAGGUCGGCGAGGGCAAGGACCUCAUGAGCAUUUUACUGAAGGCGAAUAUGGAGGCAAGCGAGGAGGACAAGAUGCCGGAGGAUGAGCUCGUCGGGCAGAUGUCCACCCUGACAUUCGCAGCGAUGGACACCACCUCGAACGCGUUGUCUCUCACCAUGUGGCGCCUCGCGCAGAACCCCGCCGUACAGGACAAGCUGCGCCAGGAGAUUUUCGAGGCGCAGGAGGCCAGCGGAGGCGGCGACAUCGGAUACGACGACCUGGUUGCUCUGCCCUACCUCGACGCCAUAUGCCGGGAGACCCUCCGAGUUCACGUCCCUGCGCCUUUCCGGUUCCGCGAAGCAAGACAGGACAUUGUCCUCCCGCUCUCCGAGCCCGUGCGCGGAAAGGACGGCCGGAUGAUGCACGAGCUCCACAUCCCGAAGGACACGUCCGUCUUCGUCGGCAUCAACGCGUCGAACACGAACACUGCGCUCUGGGGUCCGGACGCCUAUGAGUGGAAACCCGAGCGCUGGCUGGAGCCGCUCCCGGAUGCGGUACUCGACGCGAAGAUCCCUGGGGUGUACGCUAACCUGAUGACGUUCUGGGGCGGUGGUCGCGCGUGCAUCGGCUUCAAGUUCUCGCAGCUUGAAAUGAAGGUCGUCCUGGCGGUGCUCAUUUCGAGCUUCAAGUUCGAGCUCACGGACAAGCGCAUCUACUGGAACAUGGCCGGCGUGCAGUACCCCUCCGCAGACCCGCGCGGCGAGCGGCCGGAGCUUCCGAUGAAGGUCCAGUUGGUGAAACGCGACGCUAUGCGGAUUUGA